GAACCGUUGAUAUUUUUUCAGAGAUGGGUCAACCCGAAAAAGCUCAGGGGAAACCAAAAAUGACUCGAGAUCAGGAUUUUCUAACAGUUGCAUCGAAAAGGAACCAUAACCCGGCAUAUUGUAAGGUUCCUGGAAGCCUUACUGCUGUAGGAAAGAUGUCUCACGAGUUGUCUGCCUUAAAAAGUCAGAUGAAGAGCAAGACGGUUGUUGAACUACAGGAGAUGCUAGACAGGCAGCAGAAGCUGGUGGAGAACUCAGCUCUGCUUAAUAAACUACCAGACAAAGGAGCUAAGGCUGUGGAGAAGCUGGCCGUAUUGAAGGAGCUGGUUGAGGAGAAGAACGAGGAGUUGAUGCUCUCCAGGGCCAUGGCUAGGCUUAAUCUACCGGAUACUGAAGCUCUGGAGUGGGGAGAUGGAGGGAAACCAGGAGCUCAGUUUAAUAAAAACCAGGAAACCGAGGAAACUCUGCGGGUUCUAGCAGAGCGUGAGCUUCCCUCCAAAGCAACAGAAACGGAAGAUGUUGAUAAUUAUCAAACAAACAAAGUUUCCAACCUUGACCAUUUUAAAUCUCCGGCCAGGUUCGCCCCUUUCUCUUGUGCCAAGUCGAAGGAUGCCUCAACUCACCUGACUGUUCCUGCUGCUCCUGCAAUAACGAAGAAAAUAUCUCCUGUUGUAAAAACUCCUUGUAUUCCUCUUCCUCGAGUUUACGAAUGCGCAACUAAACAGCUAUCUCUACAGGAGAGUAUGGCGGUUCAGAAGGAGUAUGUUGCUCGGCACAGAGAAGCAAGUUUACGUCAAGCUGCCGCUCGUCUUUCAUCAUUUAACAAACCUAAACCAGAAUUCAACCAGACGGUAGAUAUCAAGAUAUCUGAUCUAAACUGGAGAGAACCGGUUCAUGUCGACGAGGGAGAGUUUGAUGAGGAGCACGGUGACGAAGACGAGGAGGAUGGAGGCGGAGUUAACGUCAUUGCGUUCGAGGAUGGAGAAGAAUAAGAUUUGGGAUUAUAUCUCUGUGACUAUAGACUAACUUGUACCUAAACUUUAUAUUUAUAUCUAUGCAAGAAUAUUAUUAAUUUCAGAUUAUGUCUUUCCUAUUCCAACUCAGACCCUUCUCCCAAGUUGUCCGUAGACUCCAGAUCUCUCAGUUUAGCUCCAGUCCUGUGUUUUAUUACGACAAAGAAAUCAGGUCGGAAACAUUCUCAACCGUUAACAAGAAGUUUUUUGUGGAUAUUAAGCUCAACGAAACCUCAGGAAGAUAUUUGAAAAUAUCUGAAUUAGCGAAGGGUAAACGAUUUACUGUACAAAUAUCAGCUGAAGAUACUGAGAAGGUUCUAGAACUGAUAUCAUCUAACAAGGAAGGAGAAGUGCAGGGGAAGGAUAAAGAUUAUACUCUGAAUAGAGAGGAAAAUUCCUUUGGAAAGUAUACGUAUCUUCUUGAGAAGAGUAAAGAAGGAAAAGUUUACAGAAUUGCUAUUCCUGACGAAUCCUACGGACAAUUCUUGCAAAGUAUUGAAAAUCUUAAACCGUUUUUAUUAGAAAAAACAGACAAUGUCGACCUUCAUUAAUAUCAAGGCCAUUGUAAAAGAACAAAUGAGAAAAUUAAAAGAUGUGAAGUGUUGUGAGAUAUCUCUGAACCUAUACAUGUUAUGUACCCGGAGAAAACCAAGUUUACUCAUGGACUUCUGUAGGUUUGAGAACACUGGAUUAGACAAGGCCUGCUUAAACACAGUCGGAGACGGGGCCUGUAUAUUAAAACUUGAUUUGGAUUAUUUUGUUUUUAACAAACCCAUUCUUGUUUCUCAUCUACACCGUCUCCUUACAGAGAAUACCUCUGUUUAUAUCGAUAUUAGUUCUUCCAAUCCUUCUCCAUUAUUGUGCAGCAGUACUAUAGUUACACAGAUAAACUCAUCAGUGGAGCAGGUUCUACUCAACCUGGAGAAAAGUGAGAACUCUCUCAUAUACCUGGAGAAUACAGAGUCCUGGAACCUUUCAACUCUAUUCGGGGUUCUUCUAGGUUUCCCAGUAGUCUACUGGUAUUCACAGGAACAGGAUUCAAACUGCCUAAGCAAUCAACCUUUAUGCGUUUACUCAGUUAAAUCCCGAGGCUUUACUCCAAUAUCAUUCUCCGUUCCGGUCAGUUGUUUAUCCAACCCGGAUAUAUCCCGAAGAAUUGAAUCCUGGGUGUCGGCCACAUGGCCGGAGCUACCGGAGAAUCCAUGGAAUCAGGACUUCAACCUGAACGGAGAAAUUUAUAAAUUCUCCACAACUGUUGUAACUAAACCUGUCAUAAUCCUGUAGUUAAUCAUCAGUUUUUUUAAUCAAUAAAUUUUUUUUAUUUGA